AUAGCCCGAUUUUACGGGAUCCUCCUGCGAGAAGUUUCUGCCGCCCAGCUACUUUUUUAAACAACCGGAAACAAAUCCAUCCAUUGCCAGCAAGGCUAUUUUUGUGACCUGAAGCCGUCACCAUGCGAACUCCCGGGAUUUUUAUUGUCGGGAUGGUGCUCGCGCCCUGCGGCUGGGUCCUGGAGCUGACCAGCACCGUGGCACCAGCCUGGCGCACGAUCAACAACAUCCCGGGAGAACCCAGCGACCUGGUCCUCCAGCAAGGAUUAUGGGACAUCUGCAGGACUUCCACAUCGUCCCGGGACAUUCAGUGCAACCAGCAGGACACGCAGUACUUCAGCGCGCAGAUCAUCCAAAUCGCGCGAGCUCUGAUGCUGUCCUCGCUCAUUCUCAAUCUCAUUGGCAUCGGCGUGGCCUCAGCUGGAGUGCGAUGCUGGACUGAGAAACCGCACUGGACGGUCGCUGGGGUCGGAGGUCUCCUCAUCUUCAUCUCAGGAGUCCUCACCAUCAUCCCAGUGUCGUGGUACACUCACAUCAUGAACUCCAUCUUCUCCACAUCCACGGAUGUCCGUGUGGGAUACUGCCUGGUGCUGGGCUUCAUCGGCGGGAUCAUGGAGGUCCUCGGUGGGCUGGUGAUGUCCCUCGGUUUGUGCCGGCGCUGCGGCGGUCAGAAGCGCGAUCCCGCUCCAGCGCGCGUGGACGCGGUUCCCAGCGUCAGCAGCGUCCCCUAUUACUCCAAACAAAGCGAGAUGGACUUCACACGGGCCAAGAGACAACAACAGGACAGCAGACCGACGACUAGCACUGCUUACAGAGCACGACCUUGCGACACAGAUUUGUGAAAGAACUUAACUUUUAACCUCGUGAACAAACUGCGAAUGUACGAAAAUCACUAUGAUAACCAUCGCUUCCCGCGUAAAAAAGCGCGAUUGUCUAUCAGAUGAAAUCAGUUAGUUUAUCUUUUUAAUAGCAGUUCUGUUUAGUGGUUAUCCCGUUAAUAUAGGCUAUAUUAGAUUUAUUAAGACAUUUAACCUCUCAGCUGUCUACUGUCCCCUCAGAGGAAGCCUAAAUUUACUUUAUUAAAGGAUUUUACAAAUAAAUCCUAAUCAUGACAAACUAGCCUCUAUAUUGUUGGAAAAGUCUCCUAAAAAGAUAUUUUGCCAUUGUUUAUUGUUACAACUGAUGUAGGAACAGAUUAAUUUUUUGCUCCUCAAAAAUCUAAACCAUGACAGUUUUGAACUUUGUCACAAUUAUUAUUAUUAUUAUUAUCAUCAUCAUAAAGUAUAUAUCAAUUGAAAGACUAAAACCUCAAAAUUCUUCAUGUGAGAACCAUUUUAAAAUCUGACAUUGCUUUACCAAGAAAAGUCAUAUUAAAAUGUAUUCGUUCAUGAAUUAGUUUGGAUAGUGCACUUUCACAUCUGUAUUUAAAAACAAGUGUGACAGUUAAGAGGUUCAUGUAAAAUAUUUUGGUAAAAUAUGUAUUUUGUACACUCUAAAUCAUAAUUUGUUAACCUAGAAAGACGUGUUGCUUCAGAAAGUAAGUUUACUAUGUAUGUUAAAGUUUUCAUAAAUUGGGUUUUGAGCAACUCGAUUUUUCUGAGACAAUAAGGAAGAUUUUAUUUAUUUAUUUAUUUUUUCAGGUAGACUAGCGUUAACAUUGAAAUGUACAAUGUAAGUGCCUUAUAUUUGAGCAAAUUCUUAAGAGUCCCUGUAAAAUUUACAGUGAAAAUUGUAAAAGGAAGUGGCCUAGAUUUUUCAUAGGUGUUUACACAUAUUUUUUUAUUGCGAGUCAUGUGCUUUACGUUACAUUUUACGACGUUUAGUUCAUGUUAAACAUUAUUUUAGUGUGUGUGUGUGUUUUUAUUAGCCGUGGUUCACUGAAAGGCUAUUUUGAUGAACUGUAAUUCAUCAUGUGACCUCUUGUUUUACCUCCUGUGUUAUCAUGGAUGUUAUCAGUCAUGUCAGCUAUAUUUUAGCGGAAACGAUGGAUACCAUCAUAAAUACUGAACCUGGUAAGGUUUUGAAGUUCUACUGAAGAGCACUAACACCAUUAGUUUGGUUUUGUACAUUGUACUUUAUAUUGUGAUGCCCUCAUCACUGCAGUGGCAUCAGGCCUUCCCUCCAUGUCUUUUUGUAGAAGCCUACUAAUGUGUAAAUAUAUAACUUAUCAGGAAGCUCUAGAGUUUGUACAGUUAUUCCAAAUACAAAAAGCAAAUCAAUUCUUCUGAAGGAAGCUAAUCUUAGCACAAGCACUGCUCACAUAGGCUUUGAAUGUUUGCAGAAAUGUGUGUCACUGGUGUUUACGACGGACAAAAUCAUAUGCAGAAUGUCUCUGUGGAAGUUUUUGUGAACGGUAAUGUUGUAAUUGACGUCCACCCAUCAAAUUUUGGGCAAAUGAUUGAAGGCUGUGUAUUUUUCUGUAUGUAUUAUUAUUGUGAUAGAUGAACAAUAUACUUAUAUAUUAAGCUGCUUUAAUAUAAUAAAAAUAAGUUUACGAACUGUUCAUUUUGAAUACAAUAAUAUGCGUUGCAAUAAUGAAUGUUAUCAUCUUUUUGCUGUAUUUAAAUGUGAUUUUACAUUAUAUUUUUAAAUUGCUUUCUAUAUUUAUGAAUCUAUAUUCUAUUAUAUUUGAAUGUUCACUAACUUGUCAGCAUUAUAAAAUUUAUUAUUAUUAUUAUAAAAUCUAUAAUUACUGAUCACGUGUUAGCUUUCAGCAUAAUGUAAACUGUAAAGCAGUUGAGAAACAUUAUUGUAACAUUAUUUGGCCCAAUUAUCAACCAAAUGAAUAAACUGAAAUGAAAAGGCA